CCUCGCUACAACACUGGAGUGAACUCUGACAGAAAGCUGAUACGAGGGUGAAAAACGGAUACUGCGACGUGUGCGAUCUCAAACUUGAUUUUCUUGUGGAUAUUUUUACAGCUACAUUGGCCAUGGAUCUUCUUUGUCAAAUUUCCCACAAUCCUUGCAAAUAUCCCCCAAGCUCGGGAAACAUGUACGAAGACGAUAUUUUGAGCCAAAGAGCACGUGCGUUUCCCCUCUCCCACGGACUGAUGCCUACCCCACAGGCCUUUUCGUUCGGCUUCCCUAUGCACCCAGCACACGAUCCGAUGUCUCUUGCAGGACCAAGCCAGCAGUUUGGAGCCUACCCGCAUCUUUCGGCGCCUGACCCCAAACGGAUGCUGGCUUCCGGAAUGGGCCACGGGGAGACAAUGGAUAAGAAUAUAAAGAUAACGCUGGAGAACCUUGACCUCUGGGCCAAGUUUCACAGCAUAGGAACGGAGAUGAUCAUAACGAAGACUGGAAGACGAAUGUUUCCAACCAUCAAAUGCAGCAUGGAUGGUCUUGACCCCCAUGCCAAGUACAUACUGCUAGUGGACAUAGUGCCGGUUGACGAUUGUCGCUACAAGUACCACAAUUCGGAAUGGGUUGUCACCGGAAAAGCCGAACCGCACAUGCCCGGUCGUUUGUACAUCCACCCUGACUCUCCAGCUUCCGGUGCCCACUGGAUGAAACAGCCGACGACGUUUCACAAGUUAAAGCUGACUAACAACAACCUGGAUCAAAACGGACAUAUCAUCCUGAACUCGAUGCACAAGUACCAGCCUCGUCUGCACGUCGUGCAGGCCAACGACAUCUUCAGCAUGAGGUGGAACACCUUCAACACAUACGCCUUCGAGGAGACGACCUUCAUCGCCGUCACCGCCUACCAGAACGAGCUGAUAACGCAACUAAAGAUUGAUAAUAAUCCAUUUGCAAAAGGAUUCCGAGAUAAUGGAAUGGGUCGCAGAGACCAUCGCCUCAGUCUCAAACGACCGAAUAGUCUCGACACUUCCUCUGAGGAUGACAAAGGUGACAUCAUGGGCACACUGAAGAAGAUGAAGACAGACUCGGAAGAGAUGGGGAUGAAGCUAAAGACGGAAACGCACGCCGUUAUGCCGUCACAUCCGGUUUCCAAAGACCCCGACACGGAUUCCCUUUCCAACACUACCGACGAUGUUGCAAGCGACACGCCGGAUACGGAACUCCCGUCGUGCCAGAUCCUGAAGGCCGCUUCCACCAUCUCGCCGACGCUGGACAAAACGCGGGCCUCGCACAGCGCUGCAUCGUCCCCAUCCCCCAACCAGUGCCAGUUCGGCGUCUCAAAACAGUUCUCCCAGUGCAUGGGCGGCGACCAGGUCUACUACCCGCACCACUCCAGUCGGAUGGCCAACAGUUCGUUUCUGCCAGUCUCGUCGUCUGCCCUGCUACAACCGGGUUCAGCCAGUUUGAGCCAGAUGCAACAGGCCUGUCGUCUGCCCGGCCAGGCGAGCGACUGCUCCUUGCGGCAGUCUGCGGCACUAGCCUCUUCCCACGGUUACGGUAUCAGAACACCCCAAAACCAGCAUCACCCGUCACUCUCUUCAUGCACAUACAUGCAGUCUGCGCAACAGUACGCCGCGCAUUUGGCCCCGAACAUGCAUAUGAUGAAUAUGAAUUUCCCUGGACCGAUGGCAUGAAACUGUUUUGGAGAGCAUUUCGAUGUGACGUGGUUACGUAAUCUAAAGUGCUGGCCCUGAAGCGCCAACGACAACCCUGCAUUAUUAAGUGCAACGACGUUCGUACACCUGAAUUCAAGGGUUGUUGAGCGACAAAGGGUUAAAACAUAAAAUGACAGAUUGUGCUAUUCCAGUUAGGCAAGGCGGAACUUCAACAUUAAAUUAUGAAGGAUGCGUUCAGAAUAUUUGGAACAAGCUACAAUUUACAGUCAAAUAAACCAAAUUAUUUAAGCAAGAUGCUAAAUGAUGGUGACUUUAAUGUUCUAGUUAUUAACCCCAGAUAUGACUUUUUUCUGCAAACGCGAUUAAUUUUAUUUCUUAUUCGGAAACAUAGAAAUGGUGCAAACAAUAUGAAAUGAGACAGUGAAGAUUUAUCAUUUGGUUUCAACUACAGGAGCCUAGCUUCCAUAUACGCAGGUACGCAGCUGCGUACCACCUGAGAUUACAUUUUUUGUACAUUAAAAGAUAUGAUGUAAAUGCGGGUAUGCUCUAUGCCAAUAGCGUUUUAUUCCAUCGCUGAAAAAGUCGGUGUACACCCUGAAAAUCCGAAGCUAGGCCCCUGAACUACCAAUAAUUUUUUGUUUCCUUUUCCAAUCUUCCACUAUAGUGAUAUUAUUUUUGUUUAUUUUUAUUUUAUUUUUUUUGUGUUUUUUUUGUCAGCAACGUAUCUGGUUUUAUCAUAUAAGAAACAUGAUUAAUAUUACAUAUCGAGUCAAUAUCAAAACUAUUUUUUCUGUUCGUGUUUGUGCUCUGGGGUAAAUUAUAUAUCCAUGUGAAAUACGGACUUAUUGUACAGAUGGAUUCUUUGUAUAUGUGGUUUCAUUGUUAAUAUUAUAAUUAUUAGUAUUAUUAUUUGUUUACGUUAUCAUUGGUUUUCGUUUUGAUUAAUGGUUUUGCUCAAAAUGUGAAAAGGACACUGAUCGAUCGGUAACAAGUGCAAUGAGCGAUGUAUAUUAUCAAUUAUAUAGAUGUAUAUAUAAUUCGAUUCAUUAUUUAUGUGUCAAUAAGUCAUCUGACUUGUUUGUAAAUUAUGAUACAUGUGAACUGAGAUUAAAUCCUUUUAUGUUGAGAUACAUACGUCGUCAUGUUUGUGUCAUACAUGUUUUAUUAAACUGUUUAACUGAG